AUGCCGCUGUCGGCUGUGUUUCUCAUACCGCCUCCGGCCCUAAAAGACGUGUCAUCCAGCAAUAUAUUGGGUCAUCUGGCCCUGAAGUUCGGCGCUACACCACUACAUGAUACACCAACGCACACGCCAUUCACGCUCAAGCACGAGCUAUCGGUAACAACGUCGUCAUUAUUGCCAGGACAAGCAUCUACCAGAGGCUACAUGCAAGUGCUGCAGCUCUCGGCCAGCGCUGACAUACAUUAUAUUGGUAUCACCCAACCGAACGAGCCAAUCAGUCUGGCCACAGUCCCUACCAGCGGCAUCGAGAUGUACAAGGCCAUGAUGCAAGCAAAGAUGCAGGCGCUGUGGAGGAAUCGUCAUACCCUCACCGUCACUGAUGGACAGGCUGUGCGACUUAAGGUACCCGCUGGACCCAUUGAGUUGCGUGUUGGUGACCUCAGAGCCGAUAACAAUGUAUUUCAAGGCGUGCUACUGGAAGUCACUCGAACUCACACAGAGGGCAUCCCCGAUGAGUAUUCGCAAGCGGACGAGGCUUUGAUCCAGGAACUGGCGCGGAGACUGCUCGAAGGCCUGCCAAUCUCGUUGGACGAGGAGGGCGUCGGAUCGCAUCUUUGCUACACCGAGACCAUUGUUGAGCCACAUCCAAGGCAUAUCAACCAGGACAAGAAGACAAGGGCCUUGGGGCUCGCUGAGGCGUAUAUGGAGGUACUCCGGAAAUAG